UGUCAUCUGAUAAAAAGUUGAACAGCUGGAGGAACUGAAUCAAAACAAACCAAAGUCCUUAAAAUUUAAAAAGCCUUUUUACUGGUGUAAAUGAACAUAAUUCGCAAGCUCGUCAUGGCCGAAUUACCGGCUGAAACUCUACUAUCCAGUUCAUCGCGGGAAAAAUGCGUGGCAAACUUGAGAGAUCUUCCAACCUCAACUUACAGCAAUAAAACUCCAACCCUAACUGCCGCUGUGUUGGUACCAAUAUGUGUAGUGGACGGCGAGGUGUCUCUGCUGUAUACUCUGAGGUCGGCGCAGCUGAAGCGGAACAGCGGGCAGGUGUCGUUCCCCGGCGGCAAGACGGACGACGGCGAGACAUCCGUGCACACGGCGCUCCGGGAGACAGAAGAGGAACUCGGCAUUCCCAGACACACUGUGGACGUGUGGGGGACCAUGCCACCCGUGCAGGGCGCAGACAAGAAUAUGGUAAUCCAUCCUGUUGUGGGCAUGAUUAAAGACUUCAACAUGAGCCAACUAAACCCUAGUGAAGAUGAAGUAGAGGCAGUUUUUACAGUUCCAGUCAAACAGCUCUGCGACCCUAGUACUCAUGGUCAUUAUGAGUUUAAAGAACAGCCGUUGCCGGUGUUUCUUUCAGGAAAUUACAAGAUUUGGGGUAUAACGGGUUACAUAACACACUCUUUUCUGAAAUGUUUUGUUGAGAGUGAUAUGGCUAAUGCCAACUUUUUGGGCAGAAAGUACGAGUUGCAUGAACUUAUGCCUAAUUCUAAACUAUAAAACUGGCUCUAAAAGCCUAGGUAAUUUUGUAUAUUUUCCAAUGAAAUGAAGAAAAUCUAAAUAGAAAUUCUUAAAUAGUGAUACUUAAGUUAAUUUUUAUAGAUAACUUUUAUUUAGGUGAUGGCAAUGACAUGGUCAUUAAUUAAAAUACUUUAGUCUAAACCUUCAUAAUAUUAUUGAAGUGAUGAAUAGAAAUUUUUACAUAAUUUCAGUUUAAUGAUAACAAACUUACAUACAAUCA